AUGCAGUCAAUAAUCAUUUAUUAGAAACCAAACAUAAUCCCUUUUUUUGUACUUUAAAUUACUUAGACAUAAUCAUUAGCAAAAUCAGUUUUAUUUAAUUUUAUGCAUAAAAUACUUUCAUAAUCAAUACAGAGUUAAGUUGCACUAAUUCAUUACAAAACUUCAUAACUUAAAUUCUAAUAAUCUAUGACUAAAUAUCACCAAUUUAUUUUGGUGGAUUCUGGGGGUGCUGGUACAUUAGAUUGCAUAACAGAUUGCAAAUAAACCUCCAACCUUGUCUUGGGUCCUCCUUCAUCAAUAUUUUCCAGUACCUUAAGAUACUGAUUGUUUGUGAGUUCCAAUAUUUUUCUGUAUUGUUUACCAUAAUGUUUAUCACAUUUGGAACCACAGAUGAUAAAGAAAUCAUGCACUAAUGUUGCAGAAAUAUCUGGUUCAGGUUUUAAGUUUAAAAAGGAUGCUAGCCAUUGCCAUCCAUAUCUAAGACCAUUAGGAUUUGAAAUGUUUAUGAACUUGGGCAUUGAAGCAAUCCAUAUAGCACAUCGUAACCUGAAUAUGCCGGACAUUCUCUUGAGGAACUUGUCUUGUUUUUCUACUACUCCAUCAGUGUAUGUGUAACCUCUUGAUAAGUAGAACUCCUGGACUGUUUGUCCCUCUUUCUGAGGCAAGUACAUAGGUACCAAAUAGGGGCAAUAUCUGUGAAAGUUUGCUUCAACUAGUCUACCAAAUUGUGGGAAUUGAGACCACAAAGCAACAGUAACAGCAGCUAAUGGUUUCAGCAAAUGUUAAUAUGUCAACGAAGUGGUACUUCAAAAACGGUGGAUUUUUUAUUUAUUUCUUAAAAAAAUAACAAAAUUAUGGUGCUUCAAAAUACGGGAAAGUAUAGAGCAGAUAGGGAGGAAUCUAAUAAAAAAGACGCUGGCUCGUCAAAUGGACCCAGAGAGGAGUCUUCUGAGUCUCGCAUUCGUAUAGCCCUGGAGAAUGACAGAAUUGACUCAAAGUACGGUUUCGACAGAGUACGUGAUGUCAAAGAAAGGACUGGCUACUUGAUAAAUAUGCAUACAGCUGAAAUUCUAGAUGAGGAUAAAAGACUUGUGGCAGCAAUGGAUUACUACUUUAUAGAGAUGGAUGGGUCUCGGUUCAAAAUAUCUCUGACUUUCCAACCAUAUUUUCUAAUCCUGGCACGCAAGGAGUGUGAACAGGAAGUGAUACAGUUCCUUUCCAAAAGGUUUGCAGGGACUAUCCACAAGAUAACUGUUAUUGAGAAAGAAGAUUUGGAUCUGUUAAAUCACUUAUCUGGCUUAAAACAGCGGUAUAUAAAACUUUCAUUCAUGUCCCAAAAUGAAAUGAUGAAAGUACGUAGAGAAAUACUCACUGCUGUCAAUAAAAAUAAAGAAAGAGAAAAGAAAGACCAGAUUUAUGCGGAGAUGUUGACGAAUGCUUUGACUAGUGCAGCAGCCAUUGAACAUGCUAAGAAGACUACUGAUCACAUGGAGAACAUUCUUGAUAUCAGAGAACAUGAUGUUCCUUACCAUGUCCGUGUAUCAAUAGACAUGCAAAUAUUUUGCGGUACCUGGUAUACGGUCAAAAGCCGAGGUACUGAAACACCAAUAUUCACAAAACGAGAUGACAUUAUAGAAAGACCGGAUCCAAUAGUAUUGGCCUUUGAUAUAGAGACAACUAAAUUGCCAUUGAAAUUUCCGGACUCACAAACUGAUCAGAUCAUGAUGAUAUCAUACAUGAUUGAUGGUCAAGGAUAUUUAAUUACAAAUAGAGAAAUUAUUUCAGUAGAUGUCGAAGAUUUCGAGUAUACACCUAAGCCGGAAUUUGAGGGACAGUUUAUUGUGUUCAAUGAAGAAAACGAGCUAGCUUUGAUACAAAAGUUUUUUGAUCACAUAAUGGAUGUUAAACCACAUAUUUUUGUCACUUACAACGGUGAUUUCUUCGACUGGCCGUUCGUGGAAGCGCGUGCGGCUGUCCUUGGCUUAGAUAUGAAACAAGAAAUAGGUUUUAGUAAAAUAGCGGCUAGGGAUGGAACAUACGCAUGUCGACCCGCUAUGCAUAUGGAUUGCUUGUGUUGGGUAAAAAGAGAUUCGUAUCUACCAGUGGGUUCACAAGGUUUAAAAGCCGUGGCUAAAGCUAAAUUAAGAUACGACCCUGUGGAAUUAGAUCCCGAGGAAAUGUGCAGGAUGGCGGCAGAACAACCUCAGGUGUUGUCAAACUAUUCGGUGUCCGACGCGGUGGCUACAUAUUAUUUGUACAUGAAAUAUGUCCACCCCUUCAUAUUUGCGCUGUGUACUAUUAUUCCUUUGGAACCUGACGAGGUACUCCGCAAGGGUUCUGGCACGCUAUGCGAGUCUUUACUUAUGGUUCAAGCUUUCCACGCGAACAUUGUGUUUCCUAACAAACAAGUUGAGGAGCUAAACAAAUUGACAAAUGAUGGACAUGUACUGGAGACUGAGACUUAUGUAGGGGGACACGUGGAGGCACUUGAAUCUGGUGUAUUCAGAGCAGAUAUCAAAUGCAAGUUUAAAAUAGUGCCUUCAGCUGUAGACAAACUGAUGGAAACCACAGAGAAAACAAUGAAACACGCUAUUGAGGUAGAGGAGGGGAUCCCAUUGGAUUUGGUGACGAACUUCGAUGAAGUUUGUGCGGAAAUUAAGGCGAAGCUACAACAUAUGAAAGAUCAUCCGAGGAGAGAUGAAAACCCAUUGAUCUACCAUUUGGACGUCGGCGCUAUGUAUCCUAAUAUUAUUUUAACUAACAGAUUACAACCGUCAGCCAUGGUGAACACGGGUAUUUGUGCCGUCUGUGACUACAACCGGCCCGGCGCAGACUGCCAGAGACAUAUGGAAUGGAUGUGGCGGGGAGACUAUUUACCGGCGACGAGGAGCGAGUACCAGCGCAUUCAGCAACAGCUAGAAACUGAGAAGUUCCCACCUCUACACCCUGGUGGACCUACCAGGGCUUUCCAUGCUUUACCUAAAGAAGAUCAGGCGGCGUAUGAGAAGAAACGGUUAGCUGACUACUGCAGAGUGGCUUACAAGAAGACCAAGGUUACAAGGACAGAAGUCAGAACCACAACUAUAUGUCAGAAAGAGAACUCAUUCUACGUCGAUACUGUGCGAGCUUUCAGGGAUCGUCGUUACGAGUACAAAGCUUUGAACAAGCAAGCCAAGGCGAAAGUGGCCGAGGCGGUGGCGAGCGGCGACGCGGCCGAGAUCAAGUCGGCCAAGAGUCGCGAAGUUCUGUACGACUCGUUACAACUUGCACACAAGUGUAUCUUGAACUCGUUCUAUGGAUAUGUCAUGAGGAGAGGUGCUCGCUGGCACAGCAUGGAGAUGGCCGGCAUAGUGUGCUACACUGGCGCUAAUAUCAUUAUGAAAGCCAGAGAAAUCAUCGAGCAAGUUGGGAGACCUCUGGAAUUGGAUACUGACGGUAUUUGGUGUAUCCUGCCCUCCUCGUUCCCUGAGAACGUGACCGUCUUAACAACACAUGCGAAAAAGAAGAAAAUCAACGUCUCCUUCCCGAACGCGGUACUCAACGCUAUGGUCAAAGACCAUUUCACUAACGACCAAUAUUUUGAACUUGUGGAUCCUGUUGAAAAAAAAUAUGAAAAAAGGGCCGAGAACUCUAUAUUCUUUGAAGUAGAUGGUCCAUACCUGGCUAUGGUCUUACCAGCUUCCAAAGAAGAAGGCAAGAAACUCAAGAAGAGAUAUGCCGUUUUCAACUUUGACGGAUCAUUGGCUGAACUAAAAGGUUUCGAAGUAAAACGCCGUGGAGAGUUACAACUGAUCAAGAUCUUCCAAUCAUCAGUUUUUGAAGCCUUUUUAAAGGGGAAUGACCUAAAAUCCUGCUACAGUGCCGUCGCUAAGGUCGCAGAUUACUGGCUAGACGUUCUAUACAGCAAGGGCAGCAAUAUGCCCGACUCUGAACUCUUCGAGCUGAUCUCCGAGAACAGAUCCAUGUCCAAAAAGCUUGAGGAUUAUGGAGGACAGAAGUCCACGUCCAUUUCCACUGCAAAAAGAUUGGCUGAGUUCCUGGGUGAUCAGAUGGUCAAGGACGCUGGGUUAGCUUGCAGGUUCAUAAUAUCAAAAAAGCCCGAAGGUGCUCCUGUAACUGAGCGAGCUAUCCCCCUGGCCAUCUUUCAGUCUCCAGCGGGAGUAAAGCGACACCACCUGCGACGAUGGCUGAAGGACAACAGCAUCACAGAGGAUAUAGAUAUCAGGGAUGUUCUGGACUGGGGCUACUAUAUUGAGAGGCUCAGCGGCGCUAUACAGAAGAUUAUUACUAUACCAGCUGCUAUGCAGGGCUUGGACAACCCAGUACCUCGCUGUCAGUAUCCAGACUGGCUCCACAAGAAGAUGUUGGCCAAAACUGACAAGUUCAAGACGAGGAAGAUUACUGACAUGUUCAGUGUACAACCUAAGCAGAUCAAGGACACGUCUGAUGAUGAAGAGGAACCGUCCACAAGUGGUGAUGGCAAUUCCGCUAUAGAUGUAGACAUAGAAGAUAUAGGUAAGGAUAGCAGUGUCAAGGAUAACACAAUUCGUCCGAUAGUCCACACGGUGAAACGGAAACGUGAGGAGUCGCCGGCUAAGGAGGCGCAGAACUGGCGGGAGGCGCUCGGACCACCCCCUCCUUUUGGAACUACAAAGGCUGAAAGAAAGGCGUGGAUAUUGUUCCAAAAGAAGAAGUGGCUGUGGCAGAUGGAACAGCGUGGUCUUCGGAACCGUAAUAAGAGAGGUAAAUUGGACAAGGAUAUGAUGCCACCGCCCAAAACUGGUCCAGCAACUACGUUAGGUGGUUUUAUUAGGAGAGCACAACGAACACUACUCAAUACACCCUGGCAGAUUAUACAGGUUGCAGAAACAGCAGAGCCCGGACUAUUCAAAGUAUGGGCUUUAGUAGGCACGGAGCUACAUCAGAUCAAGUUGACGGUACCUCGCAUAUUCUACGUGAACCAGCGCGUCAGUCGAGCUACAGACAGUGGCCAGUAUUGGCGUAAAUGCAACAGAAUACUGCCUCGCGCACACCCUGUAAUACAUCUCUAUCAGUACACCGUGCCUGAGAACUUGUAUAGGGAACAUCAAGAGGAACUAACAUCCGAACUAUGCGCUCCAGAAAUUGAAGGUAUAUACGAAACACAAAUGAGCCUUGAAUUCAGAGUACUGGUUCAACUCGGAUGUAUAUGCACAGUGGAUCCACAAGAAGCUAGAAAGAUGAUACAAUUUGGUUCUAAUAACAUGGAUUCGUUUUCAUUAAACCAACUUCAGUUCAAGAGUGUUGGUCUACAGCCAUAUUUACAAAAACAGGAUGGUGUACCUCCAGUGAAGCAUAUCUACUUAUACCAACAUUCGGCUCUAAACUCGUCGCGCAGUAUGUGGGCGUUAAUUCUACCGCCUGUGAAGCGCGCCUACAUAUACGUACUGGAUACUGUUAAAACCAAUCAAGUUCCUAACAUGAACACACUAUACCUAGCUGAGAGGACUGCCAAGAUCAACCUAGGAACAGAAGAAUCCUCCCUCCCUGGUUCAGAGUUGACUUGGGAAGUAGUAGUAGAGACAGAAGCUCGCGCAGUAAGCCGACACUUGCAGCGCGCAUUGCAACGGUACAAGGACGAACGCUGUGGCCCCACACUACUCGCCCUACAAGCUACGCUAGCGCCACAUCUGCUCAUGCAACUCAUGCCUGGUUUAUCAGAUUUUCCCGUGGUACCGAUCCACGUGCGGGACGUAGAGACGUUGUACAGCGCACUGGAGUGGCAGCGUAUCGGGGCCCGCGCCAUUGUACGGCAUUACUUGGGGCUCGAAGCCGUACUGCAACUUACUAUAGAACAGUGCAGAUACUUCCACGUGCCUAUAGGCAACAUGCCGGCGGACCCAACUCUAUUUGGCGCAGACUUGUUCUACGCGCGACAGCUCAUCAAACACAACUUCGUGCUUUGGUGUUCCAAUAGAGAUCUACCAGACCUCGGGGGACGGGAGACUGACGAUAACAGACUGGUGAGCGAGGUGGAGGAGCUGUCGGGGUGUGCGCACAGCGCGGGCGGCGCGUACGGCUCUGUGUGCGUGUGGCUGCGCACCGACGCGCUGCCCGCCUGCGCGCUGCUGCAGGCCGCCGCCGUGCACGCGCACGAGGGCACCUCGCUCGCCACCGCCUUCGGCCCGCACCACGCCUCCAUACACGACGCCAUCAACCAUACCGGUACGUCACUGCCACCACUCCCUUUGUCACGCUGCCCGCCUGCGCGCUGCUGCAGGCCGCCGCCGUGCACGCGCACGAGGGCACCUCGCUCGCCACCGCCUUCGGCCCGCACCACGCCUCCAUACACGACGCCAUCAACCAUACCGGUACGUCACUGCCACCACUCCCUUUGUCACGCUGCCCGCCUGCGCGCUGCUGCAGGCCGCCGCCGUGCACGCGCACGAGGGCACCUCGCUCGCCACCGCCUUCGGCCCGCACCACGCCUCCAUACACGACGCCAUCAACCAUACCGGUACGUCACUGCCACCACUCCCUUUGUCACGCUGCCCGCCUGCGCGCUGCUGCAGGCCGCCGCCGUGCACGCGCACGAGGGCACCUCGCUCGCCACCGCCUUCGGCCCGCACCACGCCUCCAUACACGACGCCAUCAACCAUACCGGUACGUCACUGCCACCACUCCCUUUGUCACGCUGCCCGCCUGCGCGCUGCUGCAGGCCGCCGCCGUGCACGCGCACGAGGGCACCUCGCUCGCCACCGCCUUCGGCCCGCACCACGCCUCCAUACACGACGCCAUCAACCAUACCGGUACGUCACUGCCACCACUCCCUUUGUCACGCUGCCCGCCUGCGCGCUGCUGCAGGCCGCCGCCGUGCACGCGCACGAGGGCACCUCGCUCGCCACCGCCUUCGGCCCGCACCACGCCUCCAUACACGACGCCAUCAACCAUACCGGUACGUCACUGCCACCACUCCCUUUGUCACGCUGCCCGCCUGCGCGCUGCUGCAGGCCGCCGCCGUGCACGCGCACGAGGGCACCUCGCUCGCCACCGCCUUCGGCCCGCACCACGCCUCCAUACACGACGCCAUCAACCAUACCGGUACGUCACUGCCACCACUCCCUUUGUCACGCUGCCCGCCUGCGCGCUGCUGCAGGCCGCCGCCGUGCACGCGCACGAGGGCACCUCGCUCGCCACCGCCUUCGGCCCGCACCACGCCUCCAUACACGACGCCAUCAACCAUACCGGUACGUCACUGCCACCACUCCCUUUGUCACGCUGCCCGCCUGCGCGCUGCUGCAGGCCGCCGCCGUGCACGCGCACGAGGGCACCUCGCUCGCCACCGCCUUCGGCCCGCACCACGCCUCCAUACACGACGCCAUCAACCAUACCGGUACGUCACUGCCACCACUCCCUUUGUCACGCUGCCCGCCUGCGCGCUGCUGCAGGCCGCCGCCGUGCACGCGCACGAGGGCACCUCGCUCGCCACCGCCUUCGGCCCGCACCACGCCUCCAUACACGACGCCAUCAACCAUACCGGUACGUCACUGCCACCACUCCCUUUGUCACGCUGCCCGCCUGCGCGCUGCUGCAGGCCGCCGCCGUGCACGCGCACGAGGGCACCUCGCUCGCCACCGCCUUCGGCCCGCACCACGCCUCCAUACACGACGCCAUCAACCAUACCGGUACGUCACUGCCACCACUCCCUUUGUCACGCUGCCCGCCUGCGCGCUGCUGCAGGCCGCCGCCGUGCACGCGCACGAGGGCACCUCGCUCGCCACCGCCUUCGGCCCGCACCACGCCUCCAUACACGACGCCAUCAACCAUACCGGUACGUCACUGCCACCACUCCCUUUGUCACGCUGCCCGCCUGCGCGCUGCUGCAGGCCGCCGCCGUGCACGCGCACGAGGGCACCUCGCUCGCCACCGCCUUCGGCCCGCACCACGCCUCCAUACACGACGCCAUCAACCAUACCGGUACGUCACUGCCACCACUCCCUUUGUCACGCUGCCCGCCUGCGCGCUGCUGCAGGCCGCCGCCGUGCACGCGCACGAGGGCACCUCGCUCGCCACCGCCUUCGGCCCGCACCACGCCUCCAUACACGACGCCAUCAACCAUACCGGUACGUCACUGCCACCACUCCCUUUGUCACGCUGCCCGCCUGCGCGCUGCUGCAGGCCGCCGCCGUGCACGCGCACGAGGGCACCUCGCUCGCCACCGCCUUCGGCCCGCACCACGCCUCCAUACACGACGCCAUCAACCAUACCGGUACGUCACUGCCACCACUCCCUUUGUCACGCUGCCCGCCUGCGCGCUGCUGCAGGCCGCCGCCGUGCACGCGCACGAGGGCACCUCGCUCGCCACCGCCUUCGGCCCGCACCACGCCUCCAUACACGACGCCAUCAACCAUACCGGACCAAACGCAACGAUGCCCUACGAUGAGACGGCGCAGUGCAGCGCAGCGUUCAAGAUACUCCGCACUAUGGUAGCGUCCUGGCUGCGUGACGUCACACAAUACAAGAACGUCUUCGCUGAUUUCCAAGUAUCACACUUUUACAGAUGGCUAAAGACUCCCUCAUCCCUACUCUACGACCCGGCUCUAAGGCGCACCCUCCAUAACCUGAUGAAGAAAUUGUUCCUCAUGCUGGUAGCGGAGUUCAAGAGACUUGGCUCUCAGAUCGUGUACGCAGAUUUCAACAAAAUUAUCAUUUGUACCAAGAAGAAUACUAUUAUGGACGGAAUUGGCUAUGUAGAAUUUGUGGUACAGAGCAUACGCAACAAGGAGUUGUUCCACGGCAUCGACAUACAGUACAAGCAGUGCUGGUCCUACCUACUGUGGCUGGAUGAGGCCAACUAUGCGGGCAUACAGGGUAAAUUACCGGAAGGUUUAACUGAAGUCGGCUCAUCACAGAUGCCAACUGCCAGCGAAGAAAACACUGGAGACGAGGAGGACGCUAUAACGAUGCACUGGAACUUAGCGAACUUCCUGCCGGCACCAGUGCGGGAACCGUUCGCGGCGGCCGUGGCUGGAUUCCUCAGCGCCGCUUACUCGCAACCGAAGGAACUGCCCGCCUUACUACGGGGGGAGAUAUCGCAGAAACUGUUUCAAGUAACUGAGAAAAUUAACACGCGGUACCCGUUGCUUCGUCCGACGGACAUCGGCCCGCAGCCGGGAUUGAAACCGGACGCUUUCACUGAAGAGUCCAAGCCUGCGCUACUGUACGUGAACGCGAUCUGCAAAGUGUUCUCACUUGAUAGCACGUUGGAUGAAGAGGUAACUCUCCUCCGCCGUAAUUUGCUACGUCUAAUAGGCGUAGGCGAGUUCAGUAGCAGCGCGGAGUGGCGCGAGGCGUGCACGUCGUGUGUACUCACUGAGGUCAUCUGUAAUGUAUGCAACCACUGCCGGGACCUCGACCUCUGUCGGGAUACUAACACUGCUACGUUGAAUGAUGUGCCGGUAUGCUUAUGUCCUACAUGUGGCACGCCUUACGACAACCAAGAGUUGGAGUGGCGACUCGUUGAGAUUAUGAACAAGCGAACUAUGUCAUAUAUCCUACAAGAUCUUAUAUGCAAACGAUGUCAUCAGGUAAAACGUGAGAACAUGACAAUUGUAUGCGAGUGUGCUGGCGAGUUCGCUCUCAUGGUGCCCACCAAGGAGGUCAAUUCACAACUACAUACUUUCAAGACAAUAGCCGAGUACUACAAGAUGCCUUUACUCUCAGAACUGAUUGAAUACCACCAUACCAAUACGUGA